AUGGCAAAGAAGGGUGGCGCCGGCGGCGCCGGCGAGAAUUCAAAGAAGGCGCAAGGACAGGCCCGCAAGGCAGAGGCUGCCGCGUCAAAACAGACAGCAAAGAACCAGCAGGCUGAGAAAGAAGAGGCGGAGGAAUGGAAGAAGGGUGCCAAGUCCAAUGCGAAGGCUGAGGCCGCUGCGGAAAAGGCGGCCGAGGCAGCACGCAAGAAGGCGGAGAAGGAGGCGUUGCUGCGCGAAGAAGAAGCCUCUAUGCCGUCGAAGCCCAAGGGAAAAGCACCAAAGGCCGAGAAGAAGACUCGCGGCAUCGAUUCAGCCCUGGGCUCCCUCGACGGAAAGCCCGCCGCGCUCAACGCUUCAGGUAUCGACAAUGCGCUGGACGCUCUGGACAUCACAGGCAACAGGCAAGACAAGGUGGACCGCCAUCCUGAGAGGCGAUUCAAGGCGGCAUACGCAGCUUACGAAGAGCAAAGACUUGGCGACAUGAAGGAUGACAAGGGUCUCCGGCGACAGCAGAAGAUUGACCUGAUCAGAAAGGAGUUUGAGAAGCACCCCGACAACCCGUUCAACCAAGUAACUGGAUCCUACAAUAUGACAAAGGAGGAGCUGGCUGAGAUACAAGAGUCGGAGAAGGCCAAGAAGGAAAAGAGAUUGGCGGGUGUGAACUGA